AAACGACCGAUCUCAACCAGCCAUUCGAUGUGUAUACGGAAUAUUAUGAAUCAUUAAGACUGAUAACGCUAUGAACGAAUAUGGCGGUGCUCUAAUUUUGCUGUUUUGAAUUUGGACAGGUAAAUACAGGUGAAUAGCAAGGAGAUAUUGUUUCAAGAUGGGACUGCAGGCAGUGAUAAGCCUUCUGUGUUUGGGGAUGGCGGUUGCAGUAAACCGGCCACCUAACAUGGUGAAACAUCCAGAAAUGGACAUAUGGUACAAUCCUAUGGAAUCAGUGGAGAUAGCAUGCAUAGCUGAGGGAAUACCAAAUCCCAUCUAUCGUUGGAAAAGAAACGGGAUCGACUUCAACCCUAGCGGUAACGAUGACAGAGUGGUCCAGUUACCGAAUCAAGGCACGAUAGUGUUCAGCAAACCAGAGCCAAAAGACGAGGGUAUUUUCCAGUGCUUUGCAGAUAAUGGCUAUGGUAUUGCUGCCUCUGUUCGUGUUAACUUUCGCGAGGCGAAACUGGACCGGUUUCCCAAUGAAGAUAGGAAGGUGAUACCUGUGCAAGCUGGUGACUCCGCAACCCUGCAGUGCACGCCCCCUCAGAGCUUCCCACCUGCAGACGUGUACUGGGUGAUAAAGGAGCGCGACAACAGAUGGCAGGCUAUUAACUUUGACAAGAGAGUCAGCAUGGACAUUGAAGGUCGAUUGCGAAUCACUAAUGUGAAGAAAUCGGAUGAGUAUGGUGGGCGAGCCUACGCAUGUAUGGCCCUGAACUACUUCAUGAGGGAAAACUCCAUCGGACCAGAAAUUCAAAUACAAGUAUUUGGGUCUACUGAACAGAAGCAUGCUGCAGCUGAGCUGUGGACCUCUCCCAGUGACCAGUUCUUUAAGAAGGGAACCAUAGCCCGAAUGAAGUGUAUUUUCUCGGGAAACCCAACCCCGGAUGUGUUCUGGGAGAGGGUCAAUGGCAGCAUUCCUGACCGCGCGUCCAUCAAGAGCUUCGGCCAGGAGCUGCAGAUCUCCGAUGUACAGAUGGAGGAUGCUGGACUGUACCAGUGCAUGGGCCUCAACACGGAGUCUAAACAGCGGGCCACCAAGGCCUUUGAUGUGAACAUUGAAUCUGCGCCAGAAUGGACAGAGGAACCAAAGCACCAAGAGAAGACGGAAGGGGAGAAGGCCACGUUUAUUUGCAAGGCUUUCGGGAUACCAUCCCCAGUGAUUGAUUGGUUUAUCAAUGGUGUCCCACUGGCGGAUUCCCCUGGUGCUGAGGGUGUAAGGGAUCCCAGAAUCUACAACAAUCCGAGAUUUCACAAUUUUGGCGACAACAACAUCACCUUGACGAACCUCACGCUUGAGGAUCAUAUGAGCAUCCAGUGCAAUGCCAGUAACAAGCAAGGCUACGUCUUCUCUAACGUCUACCUCAAUGUCGUGCCCGGGGGAGUAACUUCCCAAAUUGUAGGGUAGGGGUGUCCCGCUGAGACUUACGAAAUGUGACCCAUUUUUAUACCGGAACUCUGAUAAAGUAGACCCAUUUUGAUACACGUUUUUUUUUAAAGCAUACCCAUUUGUAUACGAUACCAUUGAGAAAGUGGACCCAUUUAAGUACAAGAAUUUUGAUAAACUGGACCCAUUUAAAUACUAGAAUGUUGAUAAGAGUCAAUAUCAGUCCUAAUGGAUGUAUCUAUUAAAGUACACAAAACAAAAUUGAUGACGUUUUGAUAACUUUACCAUCUUAUGUCUGUAUUUGAUAAAUGUUGUGGCAUCAGGAUCAAAUCAGCAUGGACAUGUUAAAGUAUCAGUGGACUUGCUGCCAUGAUUUGGCUAAAAUACUGUUAGAAACAUUGAAAAUAAAUAAAUAUGAACAUAUUA